UCCGGAAUCCAGAAUCCGCUUGUCCACUCCCAUAGUGCACUACAAUGGGGAGGAAAUAAUGGCGUCUUCAGCCUAUAUAGUGCACUCUAUGUACAAGAGGAAGUCGGUCGGGAUACAGCCUCAAUUUUGAGUAAAGAAGGUGUCUAAAAUGGGAAAUAAUUUACAAUUUAUCCGUCGAAUCGUGUUUUAAAUUCGCUGUAAGGAAUCACACUCUCAGCCUAAUGUGUAAAUGAGGUGUAUCAGACAGGCUAUGGGAUUAUUUUUAUAAAUAAAGUGUGUGCAGUGGGACAUGGCUGUCAGUUUUGGUGACACUAAGUUCACUGAUGCACCUCACAUGGUGUUCUUUGAUUUGGAGACUACUGGUCUUGGGCAUUCGUGUGAUAUUGUUCAGCUCGCGGCAGUGAGCGGUCGUCACACGUUAAACCUCUUCAUGGUUCCUCGAUGCAGGAUGGAGCCUGGUGCUUCCAGAAUUACCGGCUUCAGAGUACGGCGGCAUCGACUCUUUCUACACCGCAGGCCAGUGCUCACCAACUCACUGAAGGAAGCCCUGGUGUCCUUCAUAACCUUCCUUCGUAUGUUUGGAUGCCCGCUGCUGGUGGGUCACAACAUUCGCAGAUUUGAUUGCCGUGUGCUGGCCAGAGUUUUGGAUGAGUUCGACCUGAAAGCUGCCUUCCAGGCUGGAAUCGUGGGCUUUCUGGACAGUCUUCCGUUGACCCGGCAGCUUCUCAAGGACAGUGGCAUCCACAGCUUUAAGCAGGAGAACUUGGUUAAGAGUGUGCUUGGGGUUUCCUAUGCGGCUCAUGAUGCCUUAGGUGAUGUCCAGGCCCUACAGAAGCUUUACUGGGCUCUCAGACCCACAGCCAGUCAGAUUCAGCAGCACACUUUCAGCUUGGACACACUGUAUAACAAAUGCACGAAAGACAGAAUAACUUGUGAGAACGUCAAAUCGGACAGCGAUGGUGAACUCCCACUGCUAUAGUCCUAAAAUUGGGAGUUUAUUGUUGAAAAGGCUCAACUGAUCCUCCAGCACAAUAAGAUAGAUAACCUUUACUACAAGUUACAGCUUUACGGUGAAUCUGUUCAUUCAAAUGCAUCAUCAGCAUCAUCAGCAUCAUCAUCGGAGUGGACAAAAUGUUCAGACUUGGCACUUUGUUUUUAAGAAUAUUCAUGAAAUUCCUUUAUUUGAAUAAAUGUUUACUUAACUACA